AUGGCUGGAAAUGGAAAACAUAGAAAUUAUGGAAAUGAUAAGAAAGAAUAUUUCCAUAACAAUAUUCAUCGAAUCAAUAAUUUAUUGCUUAAUAGUUUGUCUUCCGCAACUUCUUCUACUCCAAAGAAGGAAAAAGAUAUUUAUCUGAACAACAACAUGCAGCUACGACUUCCACAUCAAGAAAAAACCGCAAAAAGUGCUGACGUGGGAAAAAUAUUUAAUAUUGGGACAAUGUUUUUUCCCAUUCACACUGCUAUGAGUCACAAACGAUAA